GACACGGGACAGCGACCGCCCCCGGCGCCCCCCUCGACGUCCCAGCACUCGGUGGCGCCUCGCCCGUCCCUCGGUGCAGCUCUUUUAGCGACACGGGGCGGCGGCCGCUCACCGCGCUCGCAGUGCUGCUUCCUCUCCACCUUCGCCCCCGCUGAGGAUGCCGGCCCGGCUGGGAGUGUGCAGAGCCCCGGUGUGAGGGCAGGCUGUGGUCACUAUGCAGAUAACAACAGGACCGGUUUAAGUUGGUAUUCUAGAAUGUUCGCCAGGUGGCUCCUGCAAAACACAGACAGGACAGACACACCGUCUCGUCUGCGGCCAGACAGACAAAACAGUCAAAGGCCACACUCACCCUGUGGCCCUAACACUGUUCCACGCUGACACGAAUCAGUUACGCACAUUUCACACACUGGCUGCAGAAAGCCCCGCUGACGCCUUAACCCAAAGGGUUUGUCGCUUGGAGAGAGGCCGCAGUUCUCUCAUUUGGGUCUCCCAAAGGAAAUCCCUCCAUGAAUCUUCCCCCGGGGUUUUCCCUGCCUGCUCCGGACAGGCGGCACACGGGGACGCCGCCAUGGGAUGUGUGUGGGGCAGACCGUGCGGGGACGGUCCGUGCUCGGGUCCCACCUUCUGGUUGCCAUCCAGCCUCCCGUGUGCCAGUCUCUGCAGAAAAAGCCCCUGAGGUGGGGGUGACACCGGGGUGUCAGGGCUGCUGUCCCCGGCAGCUCGUGGGCUAUUCAGCUGCGGCGGUGGCAGGAAGCUCAGGCCCCGCUGCCAGUUUGCACCUCGAUGGCAGAAGCCCGAGCGGUCAUCGGUCAUCGGUGCGUUGGUUUCCUGUCCCCUCCUCCGUGUCCCCAGCCCUGUGCCCUCCCGGCUCUUCGGCGUCAUGGAGGACGAGGACGGCUACAUGGUCUUAGACAAGCGGGGGGCUGUGGGGAGCCCACGUCCCCUCCGGGAUGCAGUUCUCCACCAGCAGUUGGAGAACCCAGGAAGCCACAAGAACGUGAGUGGGAAUGUAGGAGAUGGCAACACCAGCCUGGGGAACGUCUGCUCGGAGCUGAGGGAAGAUCUCUGCUUGUCGAAUCUACAAGAGGGCGAGGGGUGCAUGCUCUGCCCCACAAACUGGAUGCUGCGUGGGACCAAGUGCUAUUGGGUGUCCACUGGGAUCAACCCUUGGAGCGCCAGCCGGGAGGACUGUGUGAAGCGAGGUGCCAAGCUGCUGAUGCUGGGGGACCAGGAUGAGCUGGAUUUCCUAAAUAAAAUCCCCCGUAAACCCGCCGGCUACUUCUGGAUCGGGCUCUACGCCGGGGACGGCUGGACCUGGCUGAACGGCUCCCGCCUGGACCCGAGCCGGUUCCAGCUGCGCCCCCCGGCUGAAGGCGGCUCCUGCGGGGUGAUCAAGGAGGGCAGGAUCAGCCCCGAGAGCUGCGGCUCGGCGUUGCAGUGGAUCUGCCAGAAAGCAGCCACCCAGCUCUGAGCCGGGCUGCGGCCGGGAGAGACGGUCGGGGACGGGGCGGGAUCAGGCCCUUUGCGGGGGGAUGCGGGAGCUGAGGUCGAGCAACGACCAUGUGUAAAGGAAUAACGACGUUAUCUGGGCUCCGUGUGGUGUUUUCAAGCCAGUUUGCGAACAGGGCGGGCUGGAAGGAGCGUCCUUCUGUCCCGCCUGUGUGCGCACGCUGUCCCUGUCCCUGCCUGCCUCCCCCUUCCACGGCUCCGGGGGGCUGAGGGCCCCCCAUCCCACCCCCUUUGGGGUUCCUGCCCCUGCCAGCGGCCCCCUCAACCUUCCUCCUGUGCCCUCCUCAUCCUCAGGUCGUGCUCUCGCCCCAGGCCCAGCACAACUCGCCCGGGAAGGGACCGAGGGGCAGCGGAGGAGACGGGUGCCGGUGGCACGGUGCCGGCAGCGGGGUUGCAAAGGCAGGGAGGAAGCGCAGCGGGUUAAAAAGGAGAGAAAAAGAGGUUUGGGGGGGAUUAAAAAGCGAUGCCAGUAGCGCAAAUAAUUUUCCUCGCAGCUGGGACUGUGUGUACCCUGUCGGUGUGGGAAAGAUGUUGAUGGCACGCUGACGUUUUGGUGGUGUUUUUCCUGAGUCUGGGACUCUUCAGUUCUCCAUGUUCUAGGAAAGUUACUAAGAAAAGUAAAUUGAGGAAUUAAGAAAAAUUACUAAGAAAAAUUACUAAGAAAAAUUACUCUAUCGCGGCCUAAAGGCUUCAUGAAAUCCAGCUGCUCACACUCAGUAAAGCUCGGCAACAGCACGAAUUGCACCCUAUUAUAAUCCUUAGUAAUAUAGUCUAAUUAAAGCUUACUUA